UAGCUGUGUAAUUCACGCCUUGUGGUGCUUAAAGUUUAGACCAGAACAGAUGGCGGUGUCCGCACAGGUAGUAGUGCUCGGUGUGUUGCUGCUCCCCCAUCACCACCCACCAGCAGCCGCCGCUUACGAUCCUCGCCCCGACAACGGCGUGUCCGCUGGCCUGGUCCCCAAUUGUCCAGGAGUAACGAAGAACGCGACACUGAAAGCGGCGAGCCGGCCGCUGAUGCAGAUCGUGGUGCACAGGCUGAUCGACGGCCGCGUCGACAGGACAGCCCUGCCCCUCGCCACCGCACACGACGCCAUUGCCAGGAACAAAUAUUUAGACUUUAGCAGGAAGACGAUGGUGUAUACUGGGGGUUACCUGGACAACACUAUCUGGCCGCAUUCCCUGGCGCUGGCCAACUCGUACGCGCGUCGAGGAUACAACGUGCUAGCCGUGGAAACCUUUUACUUCUUCACUUAUAUCUAUCCCAAGGCCGUUCGCGUGUCUCGAGAGAUUGGAAUACAGCUCGGUGAUUUCCUGGCGAAGCUGGCCGAGCAGGGUCUAGAAGCUAAAAGGCUGGAGAUGGUGGGGGUGAGCCUCGGGGCGCAUACUGCCGGUUACGCCGCCAAGCGCCUGCGCGCCGCUACUGGUAGCCGCCCGCACCGCAUCACCGGCCUCGACCCAGCCGGGCCGUGCUUCCGAGCACUACCGCCCCACGAGAAGCUUCAACCGACCGACGCGCACCGAGUCGACGUCGUCCACACCAAUAUCGACGGCUUCGGCAUCGCCGAGCGCCUCGGCCACGUCGACUUCUACGCCAACGGCGGCGAGUUCCAGCCCAGCGAUAUCCCCUACAUCCCCUGCUUGGUCCUCUGCAGCCACAUCCGCGCCAUCAUCUACUUUUUCAUGGCCCUCGACAAUCCCAAGAAGUUUAUUGGUAUGCAGUGCGACUCCAUCCAGGACGCCCGAUUCGCCAAAUGCUACGGCAGCCCGGUAACCAACUAUCUGGGCUUGGAGACUAACUUCAAUAGAACUGGAAUUUUCUACCUACCCACCCACAAUGAGUUUCCGUAUUAUAGAAGCAAGGAGGGCCUGAAUAAGGAGAAUGAAAUUUACAGUGAGGUGUCAAAGCGUAUAAAUAGUGAUGACGUCUUUGAAGCAUGAGAGGAUUUUCUAAGUAUAAAUGAAUCUAGUCUUCAAUAUUCAAUAUUAUGUGUUUAGUAAGUUCGGCACG